AUUAAGAUGGCUUCCAACUUCAGUGGGGCACUGCAGUUAACGGAUUUAAAUGACUUUAUCACUCCUUCACAGGAGUGUGUCAAGCCAGUUAAGAUUGACAGAAAGCCAGGAAAAGUAGCUAAAAUAAGAAUAGAGGAUGAUGGUUCUUAUAUGGAAGUAGCGGAGAGUGGAGAAGAGAAGAAGCUGCAGAAAGCGCGGAUUACACUGAAUGAUUGUCUGGCUUGUAGUGGGUGUAUCACAUCAGCAGAGAGUGUCCUCAUUACACAGCAGAGUCAAGAGGAACUGUACAAUGUUCUACAGGAAAAUCUCAGGCUUCAGCAGUCAGGGGAAUUAGACAAACAGAGAGUAGUUGUUGUUUCAAUAUCACCUCAGUCAAGAGCAUCCCUAGCAACAAAAUACCAGCUGUCACAAGAAGCUGCUCAUCAAAAACUGGCAGGGUUCUUCAAAAAGCUGGGUGUACAUCAUGUAUUUGAUACCACCUUUUCUAGGAAUUUCAGCUUACUCGAGAGUUGCCGGGAAUUUGUCCAGCGCUAUUAUGAGGCAGAAACCAACAAGACGUCCCUCCCCAUGUUGGCUUCUGCUUGUCCUGGAUGGAUCUGUUAUGCUGAGAAGACACAUGGUUCCUACAUUCUGCCGUAUAUAAGUACCACAAAGUCCCCCCAGCAGAUCAUGGGGUCACUAGUCAAGGACUAUUUCGCCAGUAAGCACGGUUUGGUCCCCAGCCAGAUCUAUCAUGUGACAGUGAUGCCUUGUUAUGAUAAGAAGCUGGAGGCCUCCAGACAGGAUUUUUACAGCGAUGUCUACCAGACGAGGGAUGUAGAUUGUGUGAUCACCUCAGGAGAAGUGGAGAAAAUGUUGGAGAAAGAGAAUAUCUCUCUGGGUGAAGUGGAAGGGGACACAUCAUUCUCAUUAAUGACUGGAUUAGCGAGUCCAGAUGGAGGCUUGGUGAGUCAUAUAGGGGGAGGAUCUGGGGGUUAUCUGGAACAUGUGAUGAGGUACGCUGUGUCUCAGAUCCACGGAACCUCAGUGGAGGCCCUCCAGUACAAAACACUCAGGAAUCAGGAUUUUCAGGAAGUUAUUGUCGAGAUUGAGGGUAAGAAACCUCUCAGAAUGGCUCUCGCGUAUGGCUUCAGGAACAUCCAAAACAUUGUCCAGAAAAUAAAGCGAGGCAAAAUGACCUAUGACUUUGUGGAGAUCAUGGCCUGUCCCUCAGGAUGUGUAAAUGGCGGGGGUCAGAUCCGGCCCGCUGAGGGUCAGACUAAUGCGGAACUGUUAGAGAAAGUGAAGGAGAGUUAUAACUCUGUGCCGUGUGUACAACCUGACUUGUGGAACGGAGUGAGAGAAAUCUAUGAUGACUGGUUAGGUGGAAUGGACUCGGACAAAGCUAGAGCCAUGCUUCACACACAAUAUCAUGGAGUAGAGAAGAUAGCCAGUGCUCUUAAUAUACAGUGGUGAAU